AUGCAACGGGCCGCACCACUGGGAGGCGGCGCCGGUGGACCUGGAGGCCCCGAUGAUGGCGACAAUCGCUCUCGGAACGCAAAGGCGCAGCGUAGGCAUCGUGAAAAGCGCAAGGCACAUCUCAAAAUGCUCGAAGAGUCUGUCCAAGUACUCCAGGCCCAGCUGGAGGAAGCUCGGCGGCAACUGAGCAACGCGGCGUACGGUGGUGGACGAAUCGGCUACUCGCCCGAGCCCAAGAACGUCGGACAAAUGGCCCAGGAAAAUGCAUACCUGCGAGACGAGAACGCCGACCUUCGACGCCAGCUCUAUGCACUCCGGGCAGGAGGGCCCUACCCAGAUCCAUCAGGCCGACCACCCGUACCAUUGGGCUCGGAGCCCAUGUCUGACGUCAAGACCGAGAGCGCCACCCCAACCUAUGGUGUCUACCCUGCCGGCACCGUGGUUUCACCUCCGCGUAUGCCGUCCUCAUCUCACGGCCGCACCAUGUCUCACCCAGGCGACUUUGUUCGAGACCCCGCCGCCGAGUCGGGCAGUGCCUCGAGCACGUCCUCGUACCCCCCUCCCCUGUACCAGUUUGGCACCAUUGUUGGCGAGGAGAAGGGCUGGGGACAGCAGAGCAUCUCGCGUCACCCGCAGCGUGCCUCGAGCACCAGCUCGUCGCGUAGCCGCAUGCUCUCGACGUCGUCUGUAAGUAGCGGUUGGCAUUCACUUCCUCAAGACCCUCAAGGCUCACACUGGCACCAGGCGCCAUCGGCUUCCCCCUACGUCACUUCGGCCCCGUUCCCCACCGACCCACGGGCCCAUGCUCUGUCGACGCCCACGCAGCCCUACCCGGUGCGUUACGAGUCGGUCGGCUACCCGGCAGCGCCGCCACCACACAACCUGCCCCGAUCGGCCGUCGCGUCGUCGAGCGCAGCUGGCGGCGGCCUGUACACCCACGGCGCUGCUCCAACGGCCUACGUUGCUCGUGCGGACGGCGACGUUACCUGGGGCCCGGACGUGAGUUCGGUUACGCCGACAGCCCCAGCCACGGCGACGCUCUAUGCCCCGCCGGGAGCUGGCGCCGUUGGAGCCGCUGGGGUGCAGCAGCCACCCGCGCCCGUUGGAGCCCACCCCUGA